AGCGCCAACUGCUGCAGCCUUUGUCUUUGUCUCUGUCUCUUUCGUCUUGCAAUACAACAAUGUUGUUGUGAAUUGUUGGUUCAGGCAAUUAGAUCGACUCGUUUCGUCUUCUCCCUUCCGUUUCAUUUGACAAAAAAGCUCAUCGUGGAGGGGAGAAUUUUCGGGGCGGAAAUAUGUGGGUGUUCUACAUGAUCUCGUUGCCUUUAACUGUGGGCAUGGUGAUCGUCACGCUCAAGUACUUUGCUGGUCCAUGGGUGCCUCGUUACGUUUUUCUUACCGUCGGAUAUACCUGGUUCUGUUCUCUCUCCAUCAUUAUACUCGUCCCUGCGGACAUCUGGAUGACUACAAGUCGUCUGCCAGAGACUGGAGUAAUUUCUUUCUUUUGGAGCUGGUCCUAUUGGAGUACAUUUUUACUUACCUGGGCUGUGGUGCCACUUAUCCAGGGUUUUGAAGAUGCGGGUGACUUUACUGUGAAACAAAGACUGAAGACCAGCAUCCGUGUUAACUUGGCAUUUUAUUUGGUUGUUGGAUCCAUAGGUCUUUUUGGACUAAUUCUCCUCAUCGCAAUGCACAAGAUUUGGCAUGGCGGUGUUCUGGGUUUCGCUAUGGCGUGCUCAAAUACAUUUGGAUUGGUAACGGGUGCAUUUCUUCUUGGCUUUGGUCUGAGUGAAAUCCCCAAGAGUAUUUGGAGAAAUGCUGACUGGACUACACGCCAAAAAGUUCUUUCCCAUCAAAUUUCCAAGAUGGCUGUUAAACUUGAUGAUGCUCAUCAAGAACUAUCAAAUGCUAUUGUUGUUGCCCAAGCAACGUCUAAGCAGAUGUCUAAACGUGAUCCUCUAAGACCUUACAUGAAUGUUAUUGACAACAUGUUAACUCAAAUGUUUAAGGAAGAUCCAUCUUUCAAACCACGAGGUGGACAAUUAGGAGAAAAUGAUAUGGACUACGAUACCGAUGAGAAAUCAAUGGCAACGCUUAGGCGUCAUCUUCGCAGAGCAAGAGAGGAGUACUACCGGUAUAAAAGCCAAUAUAUGACCUAUGUAAUGAAGGCCCUUGAACUUGAAGACACUAUAAAGAAUUAUGAACGCCGCACGUCAACUGGAUGGAAAUAUGUUUCAACCCUCAGACAUGCUCGAAGUGGGAAGUUGGGGUCUAUCUUGGAUACACUUGAAUUUAUAUGGCGAUGCAUCCUAAGAAAGCAUCUUCAGAAAGUUUUGGCUGUUAUACUUGGUAUCAUGUCUGCUGCAAUUCUUUUAGCCGAGGCCACCCUGUUACCAAGAGUCGAUUUAUCACUUUUCUCAAUGCUCAUUAAAUUAGUAGGACGGGAGGAGGUGCUUGUGCAGGCCUUUGCUUUUGUUCCAUUGAUGUAUAUGUGCGUGUGCACGUAUUAUUCUUUAUUCAAGUUUGGAACUUUGAUAUUCUAUUCAUUGACACCCAGGCAAACAAGCUCUGUGAGCUUGCUUUUAAUUUGUUCGAUGGUUGCCAGGUAUGCUCCACCGAUUUCAUUCAACUUUCUCAAUCUCAUACGUCUUGAUGGGAACGAGAAAACUGUUUUUGAACAGAGGAUGGGUAAAAUUGAUGAUGCCGUCCCUUUCUUUGGAAAAGGUUUUAAUAGGAUUUACCCGCUUAUUAUGGUUGUCUACACCAUUUUGGUUGCCAGCAAUUUCUUUAAUCGGGUUAUUAAUUUCCUGGGAAGCUGGAAGAGGUUUAGAUUUCAGUCGGAGGUGGAUGAUAUGGAUGGAUUUGAUCCUUCAGGAGUAAUUAUAUUGCAGAAAGAACGAUCUUGGUUUGAACAAGGGCACAUGGUCGGUGAGCACGUUAUUCCCUUAGCUAGAAAUUUCAAUGGAAUAGACUUGGAGUCAGGCAGCAGCAACAGCGCAGGUUUUCUUGAUGCCAAAGCGAAGGCAACAAACAGUCUAAUAAAUGAAGACAUGAACGGGAAUUCGUCAAAAUCUUCUGCUGAUGAGGGUCGGAAAUAUGGUUCUAGCAGAGAAGCCAUGAGCAACAAGUAUGCCGUAAUUAGAGAACAAAUUAGACAAUCAUCAUUAGACCCAAAGGCAGUGGCAAACAUGGCUUCGGCCAAGGUUACCUUACUUGAUACAGUUAACGGCGAAUCUAGCAAUACCAAUGAAAAGACGACUUCUGAUUUGGCCUCAAAGUGGGAAUCGAUGAAGAUGGGUUUCCAAAACUUCAAGGCUAAUAUAGGAAACAAAAAGUUCCUUCCCUUGCAACAAAUUCAAGACACAAGAUCUCUUUCUCGUCUUGAUUCAUCUCAGUCUCUUGAUGAGAUCUUUCAAAGAUUGAAACGGCCAUCAGAUCAUGGGAGUCAUAGCGAUGAUGAGGAUGGGAUUGAAAUCAAGGGUUCCGAGGAGGGAACAGAGAUUGAGCGAUCAAGGCCAACUAGAUAACAUCCUUUUUUUCCCUUAAGGUUUAAGAAGCAAAGAAUACUGUUCUGAGUAUAAGCGUUGGUGCCAGUUAAAUUGUUAACUUGCAGUUGGAUUAUCCCGCAUCUGAAUACAUAUUUGGUACAUUAUCCUGCUAUACUAACGCAUUUUUCUACGUAAUAUAAGCUGACUAGUUGAGAAGAAAACAGAAGGAUAGAGUCACUCGCUAACCGUUCAAAUGACCGUGGUCGUAAAAUUCAGAGGUUGCAACUGCAAAGGUUUGUGUCUUAGUGGCAUCGGCAUUGCUUUGAUUCUCAAGUUUUGGUUCAGAACUCAGAUGCCAUAAGGUAAUUGUAUACUGUACAUCUUUAUCUGGUAUUUUGAUAUCGAUGUCAAUGUAACUAUAAGUUUUAGGAAAUGAAGGUUGAAAUUGUAGACAUGAAUGGUGUCUGAUAUUUGACACUUUUUCUGGAAGCUGUAUAUUUCAUAUGAUUUAAAAGACUCAUGGUAUAAGUCAGCCAUUGCCGCAUUCAGAGGGAUAAUAAAGAGAGGUCAGCCAUUGAUCGUCAUUUACAUUCUUAGCACGAAUGUGAGCCCUCCAUCUUCAAGAAUGCUGUAGUAACACUAUCUAAGGAGACCCAUAAUAUGUCCACUCUCAAGCCGUCUUCAUUGAAGUUCUAAAGUGAAUAGAAGCUCAUCAAACAGCUUUUCUAGA